AUGGCUGAACUUCUUUCAUCCCCCAUGGCGCCUGACAACGUAGGCACGCCUCGGGUAGAUUUGCGUGCUUCUUUUCAGAUUUUCCAUGAAAUGGUGCUGCUGAAGAAGCUCCUUGAUAAGAUACAAAGUACGUGGGGGCCUCCUUCACAGUGGUCAAUGGCACAGUAUCAAGAGCUUGUUCAGGGCAUUUGUCUCGCUCAAGAGAAAUCAGGGAGCCCCGAGCCUAAUCCUGACAGCAUUUUGGCGGAAGCAUUCAAGUUGCGGCUACUACGCAACUUUUUGAGGGAGCUUGUCCGAACCGAGCUUGGGUCAGCAGCUAAAGGCGGGCGUCUAAGCGACAAAAACGGACGACAACAUUGCUGGACACCCCGGCAGUGCGACGCCUGGGCUUAA